AUGGACACAAGACGUAAGGAUGAUUACCAACAAAAAGCAAAGGAAAUCAACUCAACUGACUGUCUUCCAAUCGACGACUACAUUCAGAGUUUUUAUCUCCCUGUAAUGUACAGCAUCAUUUGCAUAGUUGGAGUUGUAGGAAACUUCCUGGCCAUCAUCAUUUACCUGAUUAAGCUCCAACCCUGGAAGAGCAGCAGCGUUAUAAUGGUGAACCUGGCAGUGGCUGACCUGCUUUAUGCAUUGAGUUUACCAAUCCUGGUCCAAUUCUACGUUACCAAAACCUGGAGCAUGGGGGAAUUCAUGUGCCGCUUCAUUCGCUUCUGUUUUUACUACAACCUGUACGGCAGUAUCCUCUUCCUCACCUGCCUAAGCAUCUUCAGAUAUGUCGCAGUGGUGCAUCCACUGAAGGCUGCAGAGAUACGAAGGAAAAGAUGGGGAAUUUUGGCUUGCCUCGCCGUCUGGGCCAUUUCCCUGGUGGAGAUCGGCCCAAUGCUGGGAAUGAUUACUGUGGGGCAGCAGGACAACAUGACAAAAUGUGUUGACUUCGCCAGUAAUGAUCCAAUGGUGGUGUGGGGAUACGGUUGGAUUCUCACCAUAUUGGGAUACAUGAUGCCAUUGCUGGUGGUGUGUUGGUGCUACACUCGCAUUGCAGGCGUUCUGGGCUCCAGCAUAUCCAGAAACAGACAGAGUCGCUCCAAGGUGCGCAUGCUCGCCAUUCUGAUUCUGGUGGUGUUUGUGGUGUGCUUCUUGCCAUAUCAUAUCAUGCGUGUUUUGAGGGUGGACAGUCUGCGCAGAUCUGAUGUGUCGUGCAUGCACAGGAGAGGCGUCCAUGCAGCUUACAUCUUGUCCCGACCUCUGGCCGGCCUCAACACUUUCUUCAACCUGGCGCUGUACACACUGGCAGGAGACAAGUUUCAGCAAGCUUUCUGGAGCUUUGUGCAUAGGAGAGAGAGAAUGAGCAGACAGAUAUCUGUGAUCCACACUCCACACAUGUCCAAGACAGACCUCCUGAGGAUCUGAUGUGUUGUGUGUAUACAGAUGAAUGCACAAUUAUUAGCCCUCCUUUAAAAUAUUAAAAUUUCCCAAGGGAUGUUUAACAGAGCAUGCACAUUUUCACAGUAUUUCCUAUUAGAGAAAGUCUCUGUAUGUCUUAUUUCUUUUAGUUUCAU